UCUUCUUUGGUACUAUGCAACCUAUAGUUUUCUCAACGUGGCUAUUUGGUUCACCGUGAAGGCAUAAACCAGUCUAGUGGACUCACACCAGUUUAACUUUCAUUUUGAGAGAAAAGCAAGUCAUGGUUUACGUGUCAAGUGGUCAUAUUUUGGAUUCCAGAUCACCAUGGCGUUUAUCAUUCAUUCCAGAUCUGUUUUGGGGGAUUGUCAAUUUCAUAGUGUUGUUUUUCCAGACAAUGUUUAAUCCAAAUAAGACAAAACGUGGCAGCAGCUAUACAAGUGACUACAGGAGUGGGCCAAGACCUGGUGGUGGUGGUGGAGGUGGUCCAAGAAGAAGAAUGGGAGGAUUUAGAGGAGGAGCAGAUGGUCCAAGCCCACCACCUAUGGCUGGUGGAGGAUGAGGCAGGUAAAUGCCAACUGACUUGUCUUGUUGAGCAGUAACACACUGCUUCAAGUACCGUCAGUUGGUACACUUGUGGCCAUUCUUCAACUGUGUUAUCAUCAGAUGAUCUCCAGUAAUCUGCCUCUGUAGUCGGUAGAUUGGUUUAUUAUGUUUGUCAGGUUCAUUCAGAACUGCAUCCAUAUAUAACUAUAACAUUUGUGACUUUCCAUUUCCUACAGCAUUAAUUCCUAAUGCAUUAAUUUAUAAUACUGCUGUUCCUGUAUGUGUCCAUUGUGGCUUGUUUAGCACACAUUUUAAUCCAAACCGUUUUACCAUAUUGACCAUAAAACUUGUGAAAGAAGGAAACAUAUGGUUCUGUUUCAGGUUGCUAUAGUCCGUCCCAUCCUACAAAAAUAUUUUUUGUAAAUAUAUUCAGUUUGUUUUGAUGUAAGAAGAAAAGUAAAAGGGUUUUUUUUAGUUUUUUUUUUAAUAUUAAAGAGACUCAGAAAUGAAUAACUUGUAGUAAAUUCCAUAAUAUGAAAAAAGUGUUCCUUGUGGGAAGGACUAUAGGUCAAAUAAUGAAAGUUUAAUCCAUUUAAAAAAUUUAAUUGCACCAUUGCCAUUAUCAGCUCUACAUAGCUGUUAUUGUUUAAAACAUAAGAUAAAGAUGUGUAUCGCCCAGUGAGGAGAUAGUUAAAAACAUAAGUUAAAGAUUUGCAUCACCCAGUUUAAGUCAAACUCUUCAGGAAGUAUGCAAAGGAGUAUCAGCAGAUACUAUUCCAGAGAAACAUGUCUCCCUUAGUGAAGUUUAAAGAAAAAAUUUAAGAAUCUCAGAACUCAUUAUACCUAAUUGCUGCCAACGAUAAUGGGCAUUUCUUAGCAGAUAACUUUUCAUUGUCUAUAGGCAUGUAAAACCAUAGCCUUCAGUCUUUGUUGUCAACACACUAGCAGAUGGUUAGUCCUUCAUGUUGUCAGCUGUUGUCCAUUUUUGACAAUAUAAUGAUGGGAUCUUGUAAAAGCUUCCCUGUGAAGACAGAGAUCCUUGAUGUAGUUCACAAUAUGAAGGUGUAUUUGUUUUAUUCAUAGUUAUUUUCAGUACUUUACACAACUUCAUUGUAAAACUCAUUUGAAAGAAACCUCAGAGGACCCCCCCAAAAUAUCACAAAUGCAUUUUGUUUAUUUGUUCAAAACUUUUUUUUUUAUGUGUUCCAUGUGAUAGACCUUUCAGUGCUAAGUAAUUAUGUUCAGUUAAUUAACUUGCAAGGAAUAUUUUUAAUUUGAGUAAUUAUCCCACUUAUAUUAUUCUCAGUAGCUGUUUUUAAACUUAAUGGUAAAUUUAUGUGGUUAAACUACAAUCAUAAUAAAUAAUGUUAAUGAAAGUAUGUAGUUUUAUUAUUGUAGAUAACUCAUAUUUCAAGUUCCAUUGUAACUUAAUUAUCAUAAUUGUUAUUAUUUUUAAUUUUUGUACCUUCUUUCAAUCCAUAUAUUUAUUAUUAUGUAAUGUGUGAAUUCCAUGUGUUUUGGUGUAGUAGAGAAGGGUUGCAUUAGAAUAUUUUUCAAUACAUUAUUGAAUUUUAUUAUGUUUAUGCACUCACUCUAUUUAUAUAUAUAUAUAUGCUUCCAGUUUGUUGUUAUAGAGUUAUUACAUAACCUGUAUUGUAAAUAAAGAGAGGAAAAUAAAAUAAAUUGAGAACUUUGUUAGCCUGGUGAUGUGGCAAGUAGUUCGAAUGGAGCUGCUCUUGUGUACAAAAUGAGUUUAAUAAAAUACAUGUAUUCUGAA